GAUGGAUUCAGAUUCUAACGUCGAAUGUAAAAUAGUGGUUGUUGGAGACAGUCGGUGUGGGAAAACCGCUCUGUUGAACGUAUUCGCUAAAGAUAGUUUCCCUGAGCGCUAUGUGCCCACAGUGUUUGAAAACUACACAGCAAGCUUUGAUCUGGAAUUGCAGAGAGUCGAGUUGCGGCUGUGGGACACUUCAGGUUCUUCCUACUAUGACAACGUGCGGCCUCUUUCCUACCCUGAUGCUGACAUAGUCCUCAUCUGCUUUGACAUCAGCAGGCCAGAAACAUUAGAUAACAUUCUCAAGAAGUGGAGAGCAGAGAUUGAAGAGUUCUGUCCCAACACCAAGUUGCUGCUGGUUGGAUGCAAGUCAGACCUCCGGACAGACCUCUUCACCAGAUCCCACAACAGACAGACUCCAGUAUCAUAUGAUCAGGGCUCCAACACAGCCAAGCAGCUGAGCGCCCCCUACCUGGAGUGUUCCUCGCUGCAGUCGGAGAACAGCAUCAGAGACAUUUUCCACGUGGCCACGCUGGCCUGUGUCAGUAAACACAACAAGAACAUGAAGAGAAGGAAGUCUUUCAGGGCCACCAAGAGGAUGUUUCACAGUGGAAGAGACAUCUCCACUGUGGUAACGCCACACUAUCAGCAGACCAAAGCUAAAAGCUGUGCUGUCAUGUAA